AUGGUGGCAGGGGUACUGCAGUCCUUGGUUUGGCCUGCUGACCCAGUUCACACAGUUUAUUUUUUUCUUUUUGGUGUUACCCAGUUUGUGCUUUGUGGUGGCACUUGCAACACAAGUUCCUCUCUCUCUCUCUCUCUCUCUCUCUCUUAUGCUCUGCAGAUCUUCCAACAAGAAAGUCAUCCAUCAGUCUACAAGUCUGGUCUUAAUUCUUCCAAAGAAGGACUCAGUCUGUUUGGGAUUCUAAACAGGUGUAAAUCUCAAAUAGGAAGUAAACUACUCAGGAACUGGUUCCUGCGGCCACUAAGGGAUUUAACAAUUUUGCAGCAGCGUCAUAAUGCCAUUGCAUAUUUGAUGAGUAGUAGUCACAUUGAAAUUCUGCUUGGCUCUGUAUCUAAAUCUGGCUUUCAUUAUCUAAUCCUGUCAAUUGCGGAGAACUGUUUCUCUCUUCUUCAUUCCCUCUUUAUUCAUGUCUGCUUGUUCUCACCUCCUGUCAUUCUUUUCCGUCUACCUUAA